CACCCACCACCACCUCUUCUUAAAGAAAAAGAAAGAUUAGGCGUUUGGACGAUGGACGAAUCUUCGCUGCUGGAUCUGCUGGAGUGCUCCGUGUGUCUGGAGAGGUUGGACACCACCGCCAAGGUGCUGCCCUGCCAGCACACCUUCUGCAAGCGCUGCCUGGAGAAGAUCCUCAGCUCCAGGAACGAGCUGAGGUGCCCCGAGUGCAGGAUCCUGGUGGGCUGCGGGGUGGACGAGCUGCCGCCCAACAUCCUGCUGGUCAGGUUGUUGGAUGGGAUUAAACAGAGACCCAGGAACGGCAGCAGGUCAGGGCCGAUCUGUGCCCCAGGGUCAGCAGCAGCCUGCCCGGCUUCAUCAUCAUCAUCAUCCCCCUCCUCCUCCUCCUCCUCCCCCUCCUCCUCUCUGGGGACAACUCUCAAGGAUCACCCGGCAGCAGCGACCAGAGCAUCCCCAGGAAAGAGCAUUCCGCAGUUGCCAUGUGCUAAGGCCCUCUACAACUACGAGGGGAAGGAACCUGGCGAUCUCAAAUUCUGCAAAGGGGACAUCAUCAUUCUGCGCCGUAAAGUGGAUGAGAACUGGUACCACGGUGAGCUUAACGGCACCCAUGGCUUUUUCCCAGCUACUUAUAUUCAGUGCAUCAAGCCUCUUCCACAGCCGCCUCCUCAGGGCAAAGCACUUUACGACUUUGAAGUCAAGGAUAAAGAGCAAGAUAAAGACUGUUUGACUUUCACAAAGGAUGAAAUUCUGACCGUCAUCAGGCGAGUGGAUGACAACUGGGCAGAGGGAAUGUUGGGAGAUAAGAUAGGAAUAUUUCCUAUCUUAUACGUUGAGCUAAAUCCUACUGCAAAACAUCUGAUCGAGAUGGACAAGCCGUGUCUUCCAGUAGCACAGAGCAGUGAUGGAACGCCCACUGCUGGUUCCAGUGCAGGAGCUGGUCCAGCAAUAAGUUCCCCACUAAACAGUGUGGGGGCUAUCAGCGCUGUCCACAGGCGCAUCGAUGGCAAGAAAAAUGCCAAGAAACGUCAUUCGUUUACCUCCUUCAGCAUAUCUCACAAGGCUUCCCAGGCCGUCAACAACAGACACUCGAUGGAGAUCAGCGCCCCGGUCCUCAUCAGCUCCAGUGACCCCCGAGCUGUGGCCAGGAUUGGGGAAGGACCACAUCUUUCAUCCAGUGCUCCUUCCCAGGAUUCGUCCUCUAUAAUCGCUAGCACAACUGUUGGUGCUGUGGGACCAAGAUUAGGAAUUACCCUAGGAGACCAGGGCGUAGCAACAAAAGCACAGCUCCCACUCAACAUAUAUAUGGCCCUGUAUGCUUACAAGCCUCAAAAGACAGAUGAGCUGGAACUGCGGAAAGGAGAGAUGUACCGUGUCAUUGAAAAAUGCCAAGACGGGUGGUUUAAAGGCACUUCCCUGAGGAAUGGAACGUUGGGCGUCUUUCCUGGAAAUUAUGUUACUCCUGUUUCCCGGGCUCCCUUUGGAGUGGCUCAGUCGAGGAACGCCGUAUUAGGAGGUGCUGUACAGACAGUGAAAGGAAACUCCACAUCUGGUCAUUCAGCAGUAAUUGGUCUUGUGAAUAACGGAGUAAAACCCGUUCCUCCUGUUGUCAUUCCUCCUGCUCAGCCACAGCUUCAUACAGCCAGUCCUCAGAUCAAUAACUGUUUGCGCUAUUCGGGCCAACAAACGGUCAACCAAGCCCGGAGCGCAAUGCAGAUGGUCCAUCCCGCUGUUCAAGUGCUUGACCGUCCUACGGCAACCGUGCCACCAUUAAGAACGCAAAGCCCUCCCUCCCGUGUUCCAGCCACCAUGGUGCGACCACAGCCAAUGACCUCACCCCAACACAUUCAUCAGUGCAAUGUGUCGGGAACCUCCGGGGUUCCUGGUUGCAGACCAGCCAUUUCACUCACCUCUGCAGCUGUAGCAAUUACCCCACCGAACGUUAACGCAGCCAACUUGAAUGGAGACGCCAUGGGCGGCCCAGCCAGUACCUCAGUGACGUCUAGUCCUUCAAAUUCCGCACCUGCAUUGGCCAAGUUGGAAGAGAGAAAAAGUGAGAAGAAAGAGAAGAAAAGCAGCCUCUUGAAACUUCUGUCAGGCGCAUCAGCAAAAAAGAAGUCUCGCUCCCCACCAUCUGUAUCUCCAACACAUGACUCGCAGCAGGCGGCAGCAGCAGCAACAGCAGGUAGUUCCUUGCAAGGUGCUGUGGGCCCUGAAAUUCUUCCGGUCUCGAGCCAUGGCAGGGCUGGAUCUUGCCCAUUAGAAAGUGAAAUGCAAGGAGCGAUGGGGAUGGAGCCACUGCACAGAAAAACUGGCUCCUUGGAUUCCAACUUUUCCAUUUCUCCACCCACACGGCAGAUCUGUUCGUCCAUGGCUGCAGUCCGUCCAGAACUGAAACCACUGCCUUGUGAAAGGUAUCGAGUGGUUGUCCCCUAUCCACCUCAGAGUGAAGCCGAGAUUGAACUCAAAGAAGGUGAUGUUGUGUUUGUUCACAAGAAGCGGGAAGAUGGAUGGUUCAAAGGCACGUUACAGCGGAAUGGAAAAACAGGCCUAUUUCCAGGAAGUUUCGUGGAAAGCUUCUAAGAAGCUUAAUGCUAGCAAGGAGCUGGUGUUUUAUCACUUGAAGAUCAUGGCGGCUGGACAUUAAAUACAAGUGGAUAAAUAACAAAGCACAAAGACGUGGGAAUCAAUAAUUCAUAUUCACUGCCAUUGUCACUUCCAAAGAAAUCCAAAAGACCUGUCUACUAUAAUGGCUUUUCAUAAAUGAUGCUGUUCCUCUAUAAAUGUGUACAUACAAAAGUAUCUUGAAGCAGUGCCUUCCCAUGAAGCCACAGACUCAGAGAAGUACAUUUGCAUUUUAACCAGAAUGAAGUACAUUUAUUCUCCACUAUGUAAAUGAUAAAUUUGAACAUUUUUUAAGAAAAAACAAAAAAGAAUUUUGAUAUAUCAUCAUAAGUUAUUUGAUAAGAUAACACAAAUGGUGACUGAUUGCACGUGAGGUGAUUUCACUGGUAGGUCAGAGUAAUUCUUUAUUCAGUCGGAUAGUGGGAAAGUAGAAAACAACUGGAUUAAAUAGAAGCUGGGAGGCUCUAUUCAACAAGGGUUAGUUACCAUCGGGAAUAAUUCACUGCAGUUUCAUUCUAACAUUCAGAUGUCUUUCUGUCCAAUUCCCAAUUUCUGUGAUCCAGAGCACCUAAGAAGAACUACAGUAAAGGUACAAACAUUAACAAAACCAUCAUAUCAUUGAGCUAAACAUUGAGUUGAUUGUAUUAAUAAAUGAUUAAUUGGCCUCAAUGUAUAGAAAGCAGCUCACUUGAAGGCAAGUUCACAAGGCUAAGGAGAAGACGAAUAGUCUAAAUCCAAUAUUUGUGCAUUAAAGAGAAUCUGUCUUCUCUUCAUUAAUUAUCAAGUGUUGAUUGCAACCUCCAGCUCUUCCAUAAUUAAUUGAAAGCAAGUAACUAUAUUCUGUGUGAAUAAUUGCAUUGGAGAAUAGAAUGCAAAUAAUGGCCUGGUUGCCAAAGAGUAAUUCAUCCUAAUUAUGUCUGAAAAUUAACAAAUGCAGCAUGUGUCAGCUGAUUGCUAUGACAGAUGACUGGGACAAAUAGAUUCCCUACAAAUCAGUUUGCUAUCCAGUAAUUUUUCCAAAUGUUCUUCACAAUGCUGAUAGAUUGAAUUUGAGAUUUGCCUGGGAGAAUCCUUCUAUCGAGUAAUGAAUAAGAAUGUGCCGUGUACUGAAUCUGAUUGUUCAACUAGAUGGACUUGUUCACUUAACCAUUCUUCAGUGACUACAGUACCAAAUUCGACAGAUUAGGCAUAUUAACUUAAAUCACAUUCCAGAACCAGGAAGCUUUUGUGCUGAGAAUGCGUUUCAAAUGUACAAUUUACUUUGGAGGACACAGGGUCGAUUCCUGUUGGCUACACAAAAAAAUGGUUCUGAUCAUAUGAAAUAUUCAAAAAAAUCGGGGUUUAAAUGUUGGUGUGCUGAUAAAUGGGCAGUUCGCUCAGUUGAAUUAGAACCAAAUGAAGAGAAUGGAUUACAAUCCCAGAAGGUCAUCAUGGGUUCCUUCACCUGAUGUCAAUUAAACAAUGAGUGCCUGUCCGUAAAAAACAUAUCCUCUUGUGGCUUUAGCAGUCUCCCUAGGAACAUUUUUUCAAAUCUUUUUAUCAUACAUGGCUGAAGAACUGUUCUGCAUUUGCAUUUACGCUAUAUCAAAUGUACGGAUUAUUAUUAUAUAGUGCCCUUCAUGUGGGGUAACAUCUCAGAGCGCUUAACAGUGGCAGAGCUUGACUUUGAGCCAGAUUGGAAGUGCUGGCCUUAAUCACAGUUUUGUGAGUCAGGGAAAUGUUUUUCAACGAUACCAAAAGUAAGGCUAGUCUUUCUAGGCUUAUCUCUUCUGUUGAUAACAGUGACGAGAAAUAAAAUCAGUGGGCCUACAGUUCCGUCCCCUUCUCUGAAGCUCAGUGGAAACUUCCAACCACGAACAUUUGAAAAUAGAGGGAAAUCUGAAAGCUGGCUGAGUCGUGAAAGUGAAGUGUUAGGUUAACUACAGCCUGAUCUUGUUAAUGGGAAACUUGUAUCCUUGGAGACAAGGAGCACUGGGAAGGUUGAGAAGCACUUUACAGUAAAUCCUGUGAAGUACUUUGAGACAUCCUCCUGAUGUGAAAGGUACUAAAUCAGUAUACAAAUUAUUGCUCAUCAAGGAAAUAGUGGGAUAGGUUGCUGUAAUCAAGCAUUAACAUGGGUCGAGGUCGAGGUUUAAUACCUUCCAAGACUGCAAAUGGAAGCUCAGAUGUGCCCAGCUUGGUUGGGUAAAGGUCGUUCACGAAUCAUAGAUAGCACAAAAAUCCUAGAAUUAAUCAAUGGUCCACAGUGACUUAGCUGAAUCCAACUGGGAUGGUGUUGGGAGUGUCAAAACUGGCCUCAGUUUAGCUCAGCUGAGUUCAGCUGUUCCUGACCUCGGGAAAGGAAACGUCAGCCAAAGUUUGCUUUCCUGAUCACUUUCCAGUGACCUUUGCUUGUCUGCAUGGACUCCAGAGAACUGAAAUCCUUCUUGGCCUUAAGAGCAGUAGCACUGAUAAUGUCGGCUUCUAAUGGGAUUUUUACAUUCCAGCCGCACAUUGCUAAUCUAGCCACCUGGAAUGUCAGAAAGAACAUCAAUUCUGGGAAAAGGACGAUGGCUAUGAUGUACCUAACCACCCCUCUCUCUCUCUCUCUCUCUCUCCUCACCCCCAAGUUCUCCAGUCAAGUAUGAUCUUGAUAGAUCACUGGGGAGAUAGUGAUAUCCUAUCUGUCGUGGACCCAACAUUAAUCAAUCUGCAUGAGCUUCUACACAGAAUUGAAACAAACCGAGCAACCAUUUCACUGCCAAUCACCUGGAUCCUUGAAAUGUAUGAAUGUGCUGACAGAAAAAGUUCAGAUGUCCUCUGCUGUCCCCCGUUCUCCAAAAUGAAACCACCCAACACCACAAAAGAAAAAAUGUUCCUUACUUUAUUCUUUCUUACCUGCGUUAUACAUGUCCACAUUGCCUUUAUAAAUGAUUUACAUUUGCCCUAUAUGCCAACUAAGUGAACAAGUCCCAGUAACUUGAGUAUUGUCCAGUCUGUAGGCAGUGUGAUGUAUGUAGUGAGGAAGGUCAGUGUGAACCAUUUUAAAUGAAUAACCUGUUACUUAAGCGAUGUUAUACACAUUUGAGAGGAAGGCCUGUUUUAUGAACUAAAGGUUUGACUUGACUUGUUUUCCUUCCAAGACUAAUACGUCCAUUAGUCACAAAAAAAGCCUUAUUCUUCUUUCAAAAAUAGCCAUUACCCUUCAAAACAAAAAAAAUGAAUUAACAAUGUUAUAUUGGCCACAGUGCCCCAGUGUAAGGAAGGGAAUAUAAACCGGGUUUCCUGAUCAAUACUGUAUCUAUCGACCCCUUGCGGCACAUGCAAGUGAGGGCAGGAUAGGGCUCAGCUUUGAUGUCUCCUGCAAUGAAAUAGCCUGGUGAUACUCAUUGUCAAGGCCGUAGCAAAAAUAUGCUAUGGGUUGAUAUACUGGAGGACACUUAUGAAACUGAACAGUAGAAGGGAACAAAAUGAAUCAAAUGCUACAGAAGAGGAGUGGAACAAAGAAAAUUGGUAAAAAGAAAACAGGUUUUUUUAAAAAAUACUUUUGUUUAUACAGAAAGUUGCAGUGACAUAAUCAUCGAGCUGACUCAGGGAAGUUUCUGAGUCAAAUAAUGUGAGAGAGCUGAUGAGCAUCAGUGGAGAUCGCAUUGAUUAGACCACAGAUGGUUCACUGAUCUCACCUCAUCUGUACAUGUUAAUCCAGCUUCUUUUCUGCUGGCCGCAUAAGAAUUCCACGUUAGCUCCUCCUGUAUUUCAAAACUCACCAGUAAUCAUUUCUACAAAGAGAAACAAAGUUAAGCUUUCUUCCAGCAGGUUGAUUUUUGUUUAUAAGGGCUACUGAUUGCGAGAUUCUUACAUUUUGUGAAAGUCAAAACUUAAACCAGCUGUUAGAUUGGUAAAUGGAGAAACGUUCCAGUAUUAAAUUGCCUUUGCUUGGUGCGCUGUGGCAAUGUACUUUUUCCGUUGAACUGUAGUAUAACUGGCACAGAUAGAAUCACGUUCUGCCAAGGUAGACAAAACACUGCAUAACAUAGCAACCUUUUCCAUUGCUGUUGAAUGUCUUGCACACAGCCCUUUGGAAUGAUGAACCACAGCAGAAUAGAACUUGUCUUUCUGUUUCAGUACCACUAAAAAGGAAACAAAAUACAUAUCAUAAUUAUAGCUGAGGACCAGCUGAGCAUUGUAAGUACUGUACGCACGCUAAGGGUGCAACGAUUAUCCAUUCAGAAAUUCCCUCCUUGUACGAACUAUUUAAAUUAUCUUAUUUUGCUCAACCCUUUGUAAAAUUCCAGUGUCUGUUAACUGACAAAGUCUUGAUGUGUUUGUAAAUAUACUUUCAAAAAUGUUGCCUAUAAAAAAUGAUAUAAAGAUUCCUUGGAGUCACUUUAUGACUUACAGCUAAUUCUUACCAGUUAAUCUUUGCUAACUCUUGCUGCUGAGCAAAGACAUGUCCCAUAAUCGUUGCACUCUUACUUGAUAGGAAAGACAUUUACACAUUUUUACAAAAUGUUUUGACUUUUUGCAUUCAUCUGUGUGACUCUUUGUCCAGCAGUAAUAAAAGUAUUAAAUAUGAUUAAAUCA